AUGGCUAAAGCGGUUCAGAGACUGUUGUUUUUACUACUUUUCAUCGCCUCAGUUACCGAGAUCUUCUGUCGAGACACCCAGUAUGUACUCAGGAGCUCAGUCGACCUCCCGGCAGGCUGGUCGCGAAAAGCAUCAGUAUCGCGAAAUCAAAUCGUUAGUGUAAGCAUUGGGAUCAAGCAGCAAGGAUGGGACAUGUUUGAGCAACAUCUUAUGGAAAUCUCUGACCCAUCGCAUUCUCGAUACGGCCAGCAUCUCUCUCUCGAUGAGGUGGACCAGUUAGUUCAAGCGUCUCCUGCAUCUUUUGACGCAGUAACUGCCUGGCUGCGAGAAGCCAGCUCCGUCCCUUUGAAUGUAACAUGUUCCUCCUCUGGAGAUUGGAUUUCUUUCAGCGCACCUAUUUGGAUUCUUGAACGGCUGUUCGAUGCAAAGUAUGCACAGUAUCAACAUGAGGAUAGGUCGACUGCCAUACGGUCCCUGUCAUGGUCCCUGCCUGCCAACCUGGCUGAUCACAUCGAUAUUGUAGAGCCCACCAAUUCUUUUUUUAAACCACAGGUGCAAUCUAGAUAUGGUGGACCCUCCCCACCGAGUUGGGAAACGGAGCAGCGUAUCCCAACUUAUGAGGAACUAGUGGAAGAGGAUGUGCUGGAGCGUGGUCACCUCGACAUCCCUCUAGCUCAUGAGCUUUCCCAGAGUCCUUCAGUCAAAGAAGCAUGCAAUCGUCUGGCGAUCUCCGUAGUUUGCCUAAGUGUCCUUUACGGAACUUGGGGUUAUCAGCAGAAGGCACCCGACAAGAAUAGUAUCGCCCUAGUGAACUUCCUGGGUGAAGUGAACAAUCGUUCCGAUGUCGACCUAUUUCUUAGACGAUAUAACCCAUCAGCCGCAGAGGCGAAUGCGGCGUACCAAUUCACGACAGAAAUUGUAGCGAACGGCGAUGAUAGGCAGUCACCUAACACCCCAGAGCAAAAUGAUGAAAAUAAGGGGUUCGAAGGUGCUUUGGAUGCACAGACUAUUCUGGGACUUAGCUGGCCGACUCCGAUGACAGCAUAUAACGUAGGCUCAAAGCCUCCAUUUCGGCCUAUUGAAGAUCAUCGGGAAAAUACCAAUGAGCCGUAUCUGGCAUGGCUGCAGCAUAUGCAAUCUAAAGAGACUUUGCCCCACGUUAUCUCUAUUUCAUACGCUGAUACCGAGCAAUCCGUCCCUCCCGAAUAUGCACGAAGGGUCUGUAACGAGUUCGCCAAGCUGGGAGCGCGUGGCGUCUCAAUCCUUGUCGCAAGUGGGGACUGGGGGGUUGGGAAGAACGAGCGGUGCAUAAUCGAUAGUAUCGGGGGCAAGAAAAGACGAUUCGCACCAUCUUUCCCAGCUAGUUGCCCUUAUGUAACAAGCGUAGGGGCUACCCGCCUUGUAGGCUCCGAGAUUGUGGGAUUCGACGGUCGCGGAGAUUUUUCCAGUGGCGGGGGCUUCAGCGACUAUUUCGAGAGGCCACGAUAUCAGAUGCAAGCAGUUGAAGAGUACCUGAAGACGCUGGGAAAUGAACAACACCACGGACUUUAUAACCAAAAUGGGCGCGGAUAUCCCGACAUUGCCGCCAUGGGAUAUCACUUCUCUGUGCUUUGGAAUGGCGAGGCUCAUCUCCAGGACGGAACAAGUGCAUCUGCUCCAACAGUUGCUGCAAUAAUCGCGUUGGUUAAUGAUGCCCUGCUUGAAAAUAGUAGACCACCACUAGGAUUCUUGAACCCGUGGAUCUAUUCCGAAGCCCGUCAUGCAUUCACUGACGUUACUUGGGGAUCGAACAGGGGGUGCAACAGCUCCGGGUUCCCUGCUUCCAGGGGAUGGGAUCCAGCAACUGGACUCGGUACUCCUUGGUUCCCGAAGCUAAAGGAUCUAGCGUUGACAGCAAGGUUUCGGGCAGAUGAGCCGUGGUAUAUGCAAUCUUGA